AUGGUCCUGAAGUUUGUUUCCCUGCUGCUGGCUGCGGAGUUGCACUUUGCCGCUGCCAAGACCGGAUCUCCAACAGCAACAACAGCAGCACCUGCUGAUGAUAAAACCCAGCCGCCUCCCGGGGCGGCGGCAGCAGCAGCAGCGUCCCGUCAGCCUGGCCCCCAGCAGCUGCCCCGGACCAGCGGCCCGGUGCAGAACAUUGACCAGAUCUACUCCGGGGGAGGCAAGGUGGGCUACCUCCUCUACGCGGGGGGCAGCAGGUUCCUCUUGGAUCUGGAGAGGGACGAGCUGGUGGGUCCGCAGGCCCCUGUGCAGCACCCCCGCGGCUGGGCUCACUGCUAUUACCGGGGCACGGUGGACGGAAGCCCCCAGUCCCUGGCCGUAUUCAACCUCUGCGGGGGGCUGGAUGGCUACUUCGCGGUCAAACACGCCCGCUACACGGUGAAGCCCUUGCGCCGGGCCAAGGGGGCGGCCCCGCGGCGGGUCUAUGGGCCCGGCUCCGCCCCGAUCCCGCACCUCUUCCGCAAGGACCAGUUCAGCUUCCAGACGGUGCCUUCGCGCCCCAGCUGCGAGACGCGCGGCUCCGGCCAGGCCCCGCCGCUGGAAGGCAAAGGCGGGCUGCGGGGGGGCCAGGAGCGCCCCGCCCAGCCCCAGCUGGCCCCGGGGCCCUUUGCCCCGCCGGGCGCCGGGCGCAGGAGCAAGCGCUCCAUCUCCAGAGCCCGCCAGGUGGAGCUGCUGCUGGUGGCCGACGGCUCCAUGGCCAAGAAGUACGGCAAGGGCCUGCAGCACUACCUGCUGACCCUGGCCACCAUUGCCUCCCGGCUCUACGGGCACGCCAGCAUCGAGAACCCCAUCCGGCUGGCCGUGGUGAAGGUGGUGGUGCUGGGUGACAAGGAGAAGGGGCUGGAGGUCAACAAGAACGCGGCCACCACCCUGAAGAACUUCUGCAAGUGGCAGCACCAGCACAACCCGCUGGAGGACGGGCACGAGGAGCACUACGACGCCGCUAUCCUCUUCACCCGGGAGGAUUUAUGUGGGCAUCAUUCAUGUGAUACUCUGGGAAUGGCAGACGUUGGGACCAUAUGCUCUCCUGAACGCAGCUGUGCAGUGAUUGAAGAUGACGGCCUCCAUGCAGCUUUUACAGUGGCUCACGAAAUUGGGCACCUGCUUGGGCUUUCCCAUGAUGACUCCAAAUUCUGUGAGGAGAACUUUGGCUCCAUGGAAGAUAAGCGAUUAAUGUCCUCCAUCCUGACUAGCAUUGAUGCGUCCAAACCCUGGUCCAAAUGCACUUCAGCAACCAUAACUGAAUUUUUGGAUGAUGGUCAUGGGAACUGUUUACUUGACCAACCACGAAAGCAGAUCUUGGGCCCUGAGGAGCUUCCAGGACAAACGUACGAUGCCAUUCGUCAGUGCAAACUGGCAUUUGGACCUGAGUACACAGUGUGUCCUGGCAUGGACGUAUGCUCUCGCCUGUGGUGUGCAGUUGUUCGCCAAGGUCAGAUGGUGUGUCUGACCAAGAAGCUACCUGCUGUGGAGGGGACACCAUGUGGGAAAGGAAGGAUCUGCCUCCAAGGAAAAUGUGUUGACAAAACUAAGAAGAAAUAUUAUUCGGCUUCAAACAAUGGUAACUGGGGUUCCUGGGGUCCUUGGGGACAGUGCUCCCGUACAUGUGGUGGAGGGGUUCAGUUUGCCUAUCGUCACUGCAACAACCCAGCUCCUAGAAACAACGGGCGAUACUGCACUGGAAAGAGGGCCAUCUAUCGCUCCUGCAACGUUGCAUCCUGCCCAGCAAAUGCUAAAGCCUUUCGACAAGAACAAUGUGAAGCAAGAAAUGGCUAUCAGUCUGAUGCAAAGGGUGUCAAAACAUUUGUUGAAUGGGUCCCUAAGUAUGCUGGAGUGCUUCCUGGAGAUGUGUGCAAGCUCACCUGCCGAGCCAAAGGGACGGGUUACUACGUCGUGUUUUCUCCAAAGGUGACUGACGGAACUGAAUGUAGGCCAUACAGUAAUUCAGUAUGUGUCCGGGGAAAGUGCAUUCGAACUGGUUGUGAUGGCAUCAUCGGUUCAAAGCUCCAAUAUGACAAGUGUGGGGUGUGUGGAGGAGACAAUUCCAGCUGCACAAAAGUCAUGGGAACCUUUAAUAAAAAGAGUAAGGGCUACACGGAUAUAGUGAAAAUACCCACAGGGGCAACUCACAUCAAAGUCCGGCAGUUCAAGUCUAAAGUCCAGAACAGGUUCACAGCUUACCUGGCCCUAAAGAGGAAAAAUGGUGAGUAUCUUGUCAAUGGCAAAUACAUGAUCUCCACUUCAGAAACAAUCAUUGACCUCAAUGGAACUGUCAUGAACUAUAGUGGCUGGAGUCACAAGGAUGAUUUCUUGCAUGCAAUGGGACAUUCUGCCACAAAGGAGAUUCUUAUAGUACAGAUUCUUGCCACUGACCCAACUAAAGCAGUGGAUGUCCGUUACAGUUUCUUUGUGCCAAAGAAGCAAACGCAGAUGACUAACUAUGUCACGAGCAAUAGCAACAGUAAUAAAGUAACACCACAGCUCACGCAGCCACAGUGGGUGACUGGACCCUGGCUUUCUUGUUCUCGAACAUGCGACACAGGAUGGCAUACCAGGACUGUCCAGUGCCAAGAUGGGCAUGGAAAACUAGCUAAAGGAUGUCUUCUCUCUCAGAGACCAUCGGCAUUUAAGCAGUGCUUACUAAAAAAAUGUUAACCUGUGGUUAUGAUCUUCUUAAAAAGAGGUCUAAGUAAGCCAUUGUUGACAUACUAGUAUUAGGUCUACCUAGCCAGACAGAAGCCAACGCUUCAAUGUACUUACAUACAGUUUCAAAUUAUGGGCAGAAUCUGCCUAUUUGGACCAAAUGAAGAUGUGCACUGCUCUAAGUGACAGUGGGGUGAUCUUAGUAUGUCGCAGAAACUAAACAUUAGAAUUGUUAUAAGCCCUCUGUGUCUGCAAAAAAGGAAGAGGAAAAACCAGUGAAUGGACAAUCAUGGGAUAUUUGAAGGUUACAGAAUCAUCUCCCCCUUUUCACCUACCUCUAAUACAGUAUGUCCUUAGACAACUUUGUCAUAUUUACCCAUGAUACCACAGUAGCUUAUUUUAUACAGUUUAUAAAUGUCUUCCCUUUGGUAUGUCACUUUAUAUCACUUGGUUCUACUAAUUAAAAAAAAACAAUCUUUCUAUAAGCAAAGUGAUUGACCAAAGUAUGUCUGCAGCCAUUGUGGACCUCUUCCAUUUUUCAGAAAUGGCUGUGGACGUUUUACUGGAAAACGAAGAGCUUGCUGUUGUUUUUAAGAGUUGCUACAAUUUUCUGACAACAGGAAAUGCAUUUCCAUUCUAGGAAUUUCCUGACAGCAAAAUUUAAUUGUAUAAUAAACAAUGCUCUUCCUCCAAGAAAUUCUCACAAGAGGGAGCAUCUCAGCAGCUAUGCAGAUGAACAAUAGCUGCUAGUCUUUAAAUAAAAUAAAGGCAUAUAUUAUUUUGUAGAAGCAAGUUAUAGAACCAAAAAUUACAGUUCAGAUAACUCAGAUAUUUUGAGACUGUUCUCAGCUGCUUUCUCUGUUGUUUUCUUUAUGGCUUCCAUGUGAAAUCUAACAAUGUGUAAUGUACCUACAUCUACUGAAGAGACUAUAAAAGGUCAAAAAACACAGCAAGCAGUUAAUAGUAUUUGAUCAGUGUUUUGUCCACCAUAUCUAACUCUGGUAUCCAUUUUACCAGUAGAAGUUUGUAAAAAAAAUUCAGUUUGUUUCAUUGUGUUUUAAAAAGCUGUAGAAGUCAUUCACAUUUUGUACACCUUGCAUAUUUUGGAGGAUUAAGUGUCACAGGGAAGUUAAACCACGUCAGGAUGUGGUGGAUAUAAUCAAUCUCAGUAAGACUGUUUCCACAGAGUAGGUAGAAGCUCUUAAUGUUUUUCAGCAACUCUUUCCAGAUCAUGUUGUUAUCUGACAGAAGAUCUGGCACUGCUCAAGGCCAUUUCAUUGUAGGCAAGUAACAAAUAGUGGGCUGAUUCCAAGCCCCCAAAAAAACAAAUGUUGCCUAAAGUCUACAUAAACCUGCUGAUGCACCUAAUAGAACCUAGAUUAGAACAAAAUAGAUUCUGACCCAGACCUUAUCCACCAGUUUGUCCACAUGGUCUGCGUGUAUGUAAUUAGAUGUCUGUUCUUCAGUCAGGAUUUUCAAAAGAGCCUAAGGGACUGAGGGAAUCUGACUCCCUGAGGCUCUUCUGAAAAGAUCAGUCUUUGACAUCACCAGUAACUCAGUAAAGGAAACUGGUUUGUUUGCAAAGCCCAAAAGGGAAAUUUCCCUUCAGACUGGCACAAGCAUGUAUUUGGGACUCUGAACUCUAGAAAGCAGAUAGUCAUUUUCAAAUAGCAGAGAAUUACUACAGCUGUACAUUUGGAACUUGGAGAAAUGUCUAUUUUUGUACAAUAUAUUAAUUAUACUAAUAGAAACAGGACAUGUUAAUUUGUGAUAAUUGGAUGCCUGGGUAUGUUACUAGACAUGAGACCAACUGUUGUGGUCAAGAGUAGUGUGGCCUUAUUGCUAGAAAUGGUCCUGGACAAAAAAUAUUGAUUUUUUUAGAAUUCUUACACUUAAUUGAAUGAAAUGAAUCUAAACAGACAUUGACCAUCCCCAAACUUUUAGUCAGUUCAGAUCCAAACUUUCCGUCUCUCUUCGUUGCAAAGAAAGACUAUGCCCACAGUGUCAGUGUCUCUUCUAAAAUUACAUUACUUAUGAAGACAGAAUGUGCAAGCAAUUGUGUUUGAAUCAUAUUUUUCAUAUUUUAAACAGUGAUGAGUAAAUUUUUUUUGGAUGGUAUACAAAUUCCAGAAAAUGAAACCACAAAGGAUUCUAAAUUUAAAGCAUUCUUAGAUCAAAUAUAUACUUUUCUUAGAGUUUUUGUAUAACAAGUAGGUAUCAGAACAAGCCAAAUAGUGAAUAUUUCCCUUUCACUGUCACCCAUCCUUUAACUAAAAUUAGUUUUUCUAACUCAUGUAGCACCUUAGUGGGAUAACCAAAUACAUAAAAUUGGGCAACUGAGCGGAAACUGGAUUGUCAGAUCUUCAGACUGAUUUCAAGAGUUGAUUACUUUGUAAGUGUAGAGAAAAUGUGAGGGGGAGUAGACAACAAUCUCACAAUGGGACUGAUUCAAAGCUCACUGCCUUCAAUGGGCUUUGGUUCAGGCUCUGAUUAGGGGAGUGAGAUUUGUCUUUGUGCCUGUGUGUGGAAUGUUCCCUGUCUCUCCCCACAGCUGCAUCAUGAGCAAGUGUCCCAAAGACACUUGAAAUCAGUGAAGUUACACCAGAGAUGAAUUUGGCCCUUACUGAGUGGCAACCUUUCACAGUAAAAGGCAUGUGCUAGAGGAAACUUGUGAAGUGAACAUGGACUGCUCAGGUACAGGAGAGGGAGGACUCAAAGGAAGAGGAGCAACUUCCUUAGAAGUCUCCAGGCCACAUCUUGUGGUGGUAUAACUAGUAGUUGAAGUUAUGCAUUUGGAGUAAGUUGGCUAGAACACAGGUGAAAGGAGUAAGAUAGUAUAAAUUGCAUCAAUUUAGCAUUCAGUGAAUAUGCAAAACAAGUGUAACUUACACAGUGAGGGGGCCUAGAGUGGCAUAGCAAGAAAAGCAGCUAACAGGAUGGUGAAAAGUAAGGUAAGUCUGCCUGCUUUAUUUUACACCCUGCUUUUAGUUGCUUUUCCUGCUACAAUGCCAAUUCCAGCCCCUCCACGUGUCAGUUACAGUUGUUUUGUGCAUCUGCUGGAUGCAAUUUUGGCGCAAGUUACAUGACUUUAUCAUUUUGACUCAUGUUUGACCAACUUAAUCCCUAAGUAUUCAAUUAAUAUUUUACACCACAGUUUAUAUCACUGCUGAGUUUUGCCCAAAGUGCUUCAGAAAAUGCUUCUAGCUAAUGGAAACCCAAUUCAAAAACCCAAAAUAAUGUUCUCUAUGUAGAAAUAAAACACAGAAGGAAUCUCCUUUCGUGUCUCCAGUACGAAAUUCACAGCUGAUGUAUUGGGAUGCAUCUCCAUUGUCUUCCACUCGUGUCGCUGUUACUUGGUGGGUCUUACGCUACAUAAGACAUCUCACAUUCUUAGAAUAAUUAUUUUCACUAUGACAAAGGUUAUUACGUUUGAUCUGAGUUGAUCAAGAAACUCAACUUAGUCACCUUCCUGUGGAAACAGUUUUGUCCCAUGGGGCGGGGGGGGAAGAGGGGAGUUUGGGGGUUCAUCACAAAUGUAAAAAAAGCAACGCAGCACUGAAAAUAAAUAAAUAAUUUAUUAUUUUUACAGCUGGUAUGUGAAUGGAUGUAAUGAAUUUAUUUAUUCUUAUUUAACAAAAUUACCAAUUGUGCAAAUUCUAUAUUUAAAAUGUUUUGCUAUCAUCUUUUCUUUUCUUUUUUUUUUUAUUUAUGCUUUAUAUUUGUGUGGAAAAUACACUUUCUGAGUUUACAUGAUGUGUAGCACUGGUUGCUUUUGAGUUUUGUUUGUUUUGUUUGGUUGUUUUUUUAAAGGAAGUUUUCUGCAUGAAAUAGGUGUGUGUAUACACAUAUGCACACACAGUGUAUAUAUGUAUAUUCAUUUUCUGCUACCAGAUUUUUCCUUUCCAAAAGAAGUUAUGAUUUUUAACUUUUGUGAAACAGUGUGCAAAAGCUCCUUGAUAUACUUAAUGUGCUUCUAAAGUCUCAUAACAACCAAAUCGUAGAGCCCAUUGACCUAAAAAUCUUUGAACCACAAGUGCCAGAUUCUCCUUUCAUGCAGAUUCUAUUAGAGGCCUCAAUCAUUGACCAUUCUAGUCAAUGGGAGUUUUGCCAUUUAAUUCAGUGGAAGCAGGAGCAGGCCAUAAUGAAUGGGAGAUGUGUAUAUGCUUCCAACAGUGAAAUUUGUCUGAGUUGUCGAGAUGGUGUGUGAGCGUUCAGUCGCACAACCGCUUGUACAUUAAUGCAGACACUAUGAAUAGUUCUUCCUUUGUGCCUUUUAGAAAAUAUACCACAAACACUGUAGGAUUUGAUUUACAGUAACAUAUGCUACUUUUCCAAUCACAUUAGCACUCGUAGUUCAAUACUAUCAUCUUCCUAUCGUCAGGUAUAAUGAAAAGCCAACCAGAAACACUUGCUUCAUUUUAUUUUCAGUAUUUUCUAGCCAUGCAUACUAUAUUGCACUUCAAAAAGACACACACAAAAGUCAUCCAAAUGUGCAUUUGCCAAAAAGCCCACAAUGUGUCCCUGGGAAUGACUAUGAGCUCUCAUUGCUUCCACUGUUUGUCUGAUUCAACUCCUGUUGAAGUCAAUGGGAAUUGGACUGGGCCCUAUUUGACGAAAAAUUAGCAGUGUAAGCAAACUUACAACAUCUGUAUAGUCAUUUAUUUAAUGAUGCAAAAUAACCUUCUGAUCACUCCAGCUUGAUGCUAGUGCCACACAAAGCAAACAACCUAGUCCAAAUUAUUCAGCUGUGUAUCAUUUAUAUAGUGUGUACAGUUCUCCCUCACUUAGGACCUGAUCCAAAGCCCACUAAAGUCAAUGGAAGCCUGUUCAUUGACUUCAGGGAGCUUUGAAUCAGACCCUAAAAAUAGACUUUUGGGGAAGGAGAGUUAAUCAUUUUGUCCUACAGAGCAAUCUUUUUUGGGUAAACAUUCUCCUCUUAUUAAGACUGAUAAGAAAAAUUAUAUGUUGUCCUCUGCAAAGAAAUGGUAGGAGCAAGGAGCACUUUGCUAUAUUGGGGUUGCCAAAAUCGAACGUUCUCUUAAGUGAGGACUGUAAUUUGUAGCUGAAACAGGGAGUUUAUUUUUGGCACAUCCCUGCGAUAGUGCAUAGUUUGUAAAUAGUUGCCAACACAUGGCUAUGCAUUAAUAUUCAUCACUAGGAGCAUUUCCAAGAGGGUUAUUGUUUGUUGUUACCAUCCAUAUGAGUGCACAGAAUAUUGGCUUGUUUAUAAGGCUGGUUCUCUAGUUUGUAACUCUACACAUUUGUCAGUAACUUUGCAAAUGCUUGCUAAUGUUUACACUUGUCAACUCCAUUAACUGUUCCUUCAGCUAUUUCAGUUUUUAAUGUGCACACCUGUAGUGAUUC